AUAGCUACCACGCUCUUUGCCAAACUCGACUUCAGGAAAUUGAUAGAGGGCCGAGGGGUCACAGACAACGUGCCGCGGUUCUCCUCGCUGCCGCCCUUCCUGCCUGUGAGCUACCAUAUCCUUGGAGCAGAGACCUCCUUCUUCCUGAAGGAGACCAACCAGGACGUCGUGCGCAACUCCAGCCUGCACACCAGGGUGGAGUCCUUCUUCACAUACAAGGCCAAGAGGCCCCCGGUACUCAACGCUAGCUACGGGCCCUUCUCCGUGCAGAAGGUCGUGCCUCUGGAACUGAUGGUCACUUCAAACUUUCUAGGUCCAACCAGUAAAUUCGGUCUCAACUGGAAACUGAAGGCGCACAUCCUGCGGGACAAGGUGUACCUGAGCCGGCCCAAGGUGCAGGUGCUGUUCCACGUGCUGGGCCGGGACUGGGCAGCACAGAGCCCCGGCGAGAGGCUGCCCUGCCUGCGCGUGUUCGCCUUCCGUGAGACCCGGGAGGUGCGGGCCGGCUGCCGGCUGCAGGGGGCCCUGGGGCUGUGCGUGGCCGAGCUGGACCUGCUGGCCGCCUGGUUCGGGCCCCCCAGCAUGGUGGCCGGGAGGAAGAAGGCGCCCGGGCCACCCGAAGGGAGCCCCGUGGAGCUCUACUACUCCGUGCAGCCGGGGGACGCGCGCGGGGACUGUGCGGCCGGCGACGUCCGGAAGGGCAACGCCAUCCGGCCGGGGAAGGACGGGCUGGACGAAGCUGUGCCCCACCUGCAGAGGAUCGGGAGCGUCUUCCUCUACCAGACGGGCAGCAGACCCGCACUGAGUGAGCUGCGUUUGGACAGCAACGUGGCCAUCUGGCUGCCCUCCCGGCCAGUCAAACAAGGAGACGUGGUCACUGCCUAUGUCACCAUGGCCAGCAAUUCCACCGUGGACCUCUUCAUCCUGAGAGCCAAGGUGAAGAAGGGGGUGAACAUCCUGGGCACCCAGACCAGAGAGCCCCGGCAGUGGGACGUGAAGCAGGAGAUGGGAAACGGAGGGAAGCACGCCACCACCACUGUGCUGUGUCAGCGCCUGGGGUCCAGCUCGCGCAACAGAAGCAGCAGCUUGUUCAGUGAGGUCGUGCAGAUGAACUUCGAAAUAGCCAGCUUCAGCAGCCUCUCGGGGACACAGCCCAUCGCCUGGCAGGUGGAAUAUCCACGGAGAGCGACCACGGACAGCGCCGUGUCCGAGAUCUUCAUCAGCCAGAAGGACCUGGCUGGUAUCGUUCCCCUGGCCACGGACACUGAAAUUCUGAACACCGCCAUUCUCACGGGAAAGACGGUAGCCCUGCCCAUCAAGGUGGUCUCUGUGGAGGAGAACAGCGCUGUGAUGGAUAUCUCGGAGUCGGUGGAGUGCAAGUCCACAGACGAGGAUGUCAUCAAGGUGUCUGACCGCUGUGACUAUGUCUUUGUCAAUGGCAAAGAGAUGAAGGGCAAGGUGAAUGCGGUGGUGAACUUCACCUACCAGCACCUGAGUGCCUCCCUGCCCAUCACUGUGUGGGUGCCCCGGCUGCCCCUGCAGAUUGAGGUCUCUGACACAGAGCUGAGCCAGAUCAAAGGCUGGAGGGUCCCCAUCGUGGCCAGUAAGAGGCCCACGCGAGAGAGCGGGGAUGAAGACGAGGAGGAGCGGCGCGGCCGCGGCUGCGCCCUGCAGUACCAGCACGCCACCGUGCGCGUCCUCACCCAGUUCGUGGCCGAGGGCGCUGGCCCGUGGGGCCAGCUGAGCCACCUGCUCGGUCCUGACUGGCAGGUCGACAUCACCCACCUGGUUGCAGACUUCAUGAAGCUGGAGGAACCUCACGUGGCCACCCUCCAGGACAGCAGGGUCCUGGUCGGGCGGGAGGUCGGGAUGACCACCAUCCAGGUGUUGUCCCCACUGUCUGACUCCAUCCUGGCAGAGAAGACGGUAACCGUGUUAGAUGACAAAGUAUCAGUGACGGACUUGGCCAUCCAGCUCGUGGCCGGGCUGUCCGUCACCCUCCACCCCAGCACGGAGAACAGCAAGGCCAUCACCGCUGUGGCCACAGCUGAGGAGCUGCUGCGGACCCCCAAACAGGAAGCCGUGCUCAGCACUUGGCUCCAUCUCAGCGAUGGCUCGGUAACGCCACUGGACAUCUACGACACCAAGGACUUCACCCUGACCGCCACCUCCCUGGACGAGGCUGUCGUGUCCAUCCCCCAAGCCCGCUCUCCCAGGUGGCCGGCGGUGACGGCCGAAGGGGAAGGCCAGGGGCCCCUGCUCCGGGUGGACAUGACCAUCGCGGAGGCCUGCCAAAAGUCCAAACGCAAGAGCGUCCUGGCCGUGGGCGUGGGCAGCGUCAGGGUCAAGUUUGGCCAGAACGACGCUGACUCCAGCCCCGGCGGCGGAGGCGGCAGGGACAGCGACGAGGGCGAGAUCAAGAACCACGCCAGCGACCGCCGGCAGAAGGGCCAGGAGCCCGAGGGGCCCAUGCACGGCGGCUCCUCCGUGGAGCUCGAGGAAGGGGCCCUCCGGAGAGGCGGCACCACGGCCAGGCCGCUGCUGGACAACAGGGUGGUGAAGAGCAGCCGGCCGGACGCAGGCAGGCCGUCCGGGGAGGGCCAGCUGCAGAACAUCCCCCUGGAUUUCACCAACUUCCCGGCCCAGGUGGACCUGCCCCGGGCGGGGGGCGGGCUGGGGGCCAGCGACCUGGUGCAGACGCCCCGCGGCCUGAGCGACCUGGAGAUCGGCAUGUACGCCCUGCUGGGCGUCUUCUGCUUGGCCAUUCUCGUCUUCCUCAUCAACUGCGCCACCUUCGCCCUCAAGUACCGGCACAAGCAGGUGUCGCUGGCAGGCCAGGCCUCCGUGACCCACUCGCACGACUGGGUGUGGCUGGGCAACGAAGCCGAGCUCCCGGAGCCCGCGGCCGAGGGGUCGCCGCCGCAAGGCGAGCACACGACCGUCCUGGACCACGCGCCGGGCGGCAGCGAGGAGAGCAGUCGUCUGCUGGUCAAUGGUGGCGCCCGGCAGCACGUGCAAGGCCAGGUGCACCGGCCGGACUUGGCGGCCAGGCCGGCCAGGGACCCGAAGCUCGAGCCCCUACACUCACCCACCUCCAAAAGGAAGAAGGUGAAGUUCACCACCUUCACCACCAUCCCGCCGGACGACGGCUGCCCCACCGUGAACUCCAUCCUGGGCGGCGGCGAGGACAUCAAGUGGGUGUGCCAGGAUGUGGCCACGGGCGCCCCCGAGGAGCUCAGAAACUACCUGGAGAAAUUCAAGGGCCAGGCGUAG